GAAGAGGUAGGUAAGUAGGGAGCAUACGCUUUGCACGCUGUAGACCAGACUUCUUACGCCCUCCCGGCCGGCUGUCCACUAUAUUAGGUACCUAGGUAAGUAGGCAGAGCAGCAGCUGAGCGCCGACCAGCUGGUAAGCCAUGGGUAGACCUACCUACGAACCUAUAGGGGGUAGAUACGGGUAGGCAGGUAGGUAGGUACCAUGUGGGCAUAUACACGGGCAGAUAGGCAGCGGUAGCACAGGUACCUAAGGGAGAGAGGUAGGUAGAGGUAGAGGUAGGAAGUAGCUAGCCGCGUCCGGCAGCUGCUCACCCUUCCUCGUCGUGACGUACCCACCGCCCUAAUCGCAUCCCCGUUCAUCUCUACAUCAUCCUCCUGUCUCUCCGCCCCCCUCUGCUCUCUUUUCUUCACUAUCGCCGCCCACCCACCUACCCGAUUCCUCUUCCUCCGAGACCGAGCAAAGCGCCGCCGACGGGGAUAGCCAGCGCUUCGAUCCACGCCGCUGACAAGAAGAGAGGCAGAGCCGGGCUGUCAGAAACAUCCUUAUCAGCCUAGUACCGGGGACUUGUCCGCCCUUGUCCGCCCAACUCACCUAUCCCAGCCAGCUCCGUAAAUAGGUAGAUUCUCGACUUCGCCGUGUGCGACACGAUGCACCUCGUCCCCAAAGAGCUCGAUAAGCUCGUCAUCUCGCAGCUGGGCCUCCUCGCCCAGAGGAGACUCGCCCGAGGCGUCAAGCUGAACCACACCGAAGCCACCGCCCUCAUCGCCAACAACCUGCAUGAGCUAAUCCGCGAUGGCCGCCACACCGUCGCCGACCUUAUGGACCUCGGCUCCACCAUGCUGGGCCGCCGCCACGUGCUGCCCUCCGUCGUCAGCACGCUCAAGGAAAUCCAGGUAGAGGGCACUUUCCCGUCCGGCACCUACCUCGUCACCGUGCACAACCCAAUCGCUACCGACGACGGGAACCUCGAGCGCGCUCUCUACGGUAGCUUCCUGCCCGUGCCCGACCCGGCACAGUUCCCUCCGGCGGACCCCGCCGCGUACGAAUUCGCCCGCCAGCCCGGCGCCGUGACGAUCACCGUCAAGGGCGGCCGCCGCAUCGUGAUGAACGAGGGUCGCGAACGCACCCGGCUUCAGGUCACGAAUGAGGGUGACCGCCCCGUCCAAGUCGGCAGCCACUACCAUUUUAUCGAGGUGAACCCGAAGCUCAGGUUCGACCGCGGCGCCGCCUACGGCUUCCGUCUCGACAUUCCCGCCGGUACGUCGGUGCGCUUCGAACCCGGCGACACCAAAACCGUGACCCUAGUCGCAAUCGGCGGCAACCGCAUUAUCCGGGGCGGUAACGGAUUAGCCACCGGGAAGGUGGACCUGUCACGGAGAGACGCCAUCGUCGAAGCGCUGCAGAAGGCCGGCUUCGCACACGCCCCCGGGCAACCCCUAGGCGAUCUAAGCCUGAUCAGCCCAUAUACGUUGGACCGCGCCGCGUACCGCGCCAUGUUUGGCCCGACGACAGGGGAUCUGGUACGGCUGGGGGCGACGGACCUGUGGGUACGGAUCGAGCGUGACAUGACGACGUACGGCGAUGAGUGCAAGUUUGGCGGCGGCAAGACGCUGCGGGAGGGUAUGGGUCAGAUGACGGGGUGCGCCGACGCCGACAGUCUCGACAUGGUGGUGACCAACGCAGUAAUUCUCGACCACUCCGGCGUCUACAAGGCGGACAUCGGCGUCAAAGACGGCAUCAUUACUGGAAUCGGCAAAGCGGGGAACCCUGACGUGAUGGACGGCGUUACACCGGGUAUGAUCGUGGGUAGUUGCACGGAUGUCGUCGCGGGAGAGGGGAAGAUUGUCACGGCCGGCGGGUUGGAUACGCACAUCCACUUCAUCUGUCCCCAACAGGCGUACGAGUCUAUCGCCUCCGGUAUCACGACCAUGCUUGGUGGUGGCACCGGUCCUAGUGCCGGCACCAACGCAACCACCUGUAGCCCGGGGGCCAAUUACAUCCGGCAAAUGUUGCAAGCAUGCGAUGAACUGCCCGUCAACGUAGGCAUCACGGGAAAGGGGAACGACAGCGACCCACUAGCCCUACGCGAGCAGGUCAUCGCCGGUGCAUGCGGCCUCAAGCUGCAUGAGGAUUGGGGCACGACGCCGGCGGCGAUCGAUGCUUGCCUGACCGUGUGCGACGAGCUGGACGUACAGUGCCUGAUCCAUACGGACACGCUCAACGAGUCGGGGUACGUGGAGUCUACGAUUGCGGCAUUCAAAGGUCGAACCAUCCACACGUACCACACCGAGGGAGCCGGAGGUGGGCACGCGCCGGACAUCAUAAGGGUUGUCGAGCACGACAACGUCCUCCCGUCGUCGACCAACCCGACGCGGCCGUUCACCAACAACACCUUGGACGAGCACCUCGACAUGCUGAUGGUGUGCCACCACCUGAGUCGAGACAUCCCCGAGGACGUGGCAUUCGCAGAGUCGCGCAUCCGGGCCGAGACCAUCGCGGCGGAGGAUGUGCUGCACGAUCUCGGCGCCAUCUCGAUGAUGUCGUCGGAUUCGCAGGCUAUGGGGCGGUGUGGCGAGGUGGUACUUCGGACGUGGAACACGGCGCACAAGAACAAGGUCCAGCGCGGCUCGCUGCCCGAGGACGAAGGGACGGGCGCCGAUAACUUCCGGGCGCGGCGCUAUGUUGCCAAGUACACGAUUAACCCGGCCAUCGCCCAGGGCAUGGGACAUCUCGUCGGGAGCGUCGAGGUAGGGAAGCUGGCAGACCUGGUGGUCUGGGAACCGGCGUGGUUCGCGACGAAGCCGACCACGAUCAUCAAGAGCGGGCUGAUCGCCUACGCGCAAAUGGGCGACCCUAACGCCUCGAUCCCCACGGUGCAGCCGGUGAUGGCGCGGCCGAUGUUUGCGCCCCUUGUGCCGCGCUCGAGCGUGUUAUUUGUAUCGCAGGCCAGCCUGGAUAGCGGCGUGGUGGGCCGGUAUGGGCUGCGCAAGCGCGUAGAGGCGGUCCGGGGGUGCCGCACGGUAGGCAAGAAGGACAUGCGGCUCAACGACGCGACGCCGCGCAUGCAGGUCGACCCGGAGCAUUACACGGUGGCGGCGGACGGCGCGGCCUGCACGGCAGAGCCGGCGCAGACGCUGCCGCUGACGCAGGAGUGGUUUGUGUAUUAGGGCGGGACGGCGACAGGCAGAGGUGAGGCGAAAAGGAGGUCGAGGAGGAGAGGAGAGGAGAGGAGAAGAGAGGAGAGGGAGUUGGAGAGCAAAGGUACGUGCGCAGUUGCAUUAUGUUGGGUAGGUGUAGGUAUCGCGCAUCAGCCGGCCUUGGCCGACUUGGCGGCGCCGCCGGCAGGUAAUAUCGAGGCCCGCUUACGCCAUUGGUGAAGAACAGGUCUGGUCGGGUUCCCGCGCAGCGACAGGCCGCGGCACGUAGCUUCGGCACAGAGAUGCACCCAGGUUGAGCCGGCGUGCACGCAGGCCACUAGCAAAGUGACAGCGUCCCUCGGAUCGUGCGCAGAAGGGAGUGUGAUGUUUUUUUUUUUUUUCGAAGGAGACGACUGGGUGUCUAACGAUGGCGGACGCGCGAGGUAGAGAGAUGCGUGCUAGCUAGGCGUCGACCUACCUAGCCUAUAAGGACUGGAGCUCAGUAGGUACCGCAGACGCAGGUACCGGGCGCAGCGGGCGACGGGGGCGAAAUACCUACGGCGAUGUACCUGCCUCUAACUGUGCGCGCGCGGGUCCCCUAUCCUGCGUGCCCCCUACACCCUCCCCCCACAGACUCGACA